CGAAAUUCCCACCCAGGGGCAAGACCACCAAAUAAUUUAUCUCAUAAACCUCCCCAAAAUCUGCUCAGAGAAAACGAUAAUGGCGUUCUGGAGAGUUUCUCUCUCUAGGGUUUCGUUGUUUCGGCAGAAUUCCCUCUCUCCUCCCAUUCUUAUAUCGUUAUCUAAUCUCACACUCUCUCUCCAACCGAACCGCUGUAAUUUCAGUCCCUCUGCUUCUCUCUCCACCCAAGACUCAACCCCUUCCGUUGAUUCGCCUCCAAAUCCCAAGCAGAUUUGGAAGCCAAUGUGUUUGUACCACACGCAAGGUCAGUGCACAAAGAUGGAUGAUCCUACGCACCUAGAGAAAUUCAAUCAUAGUUGUUCAGAGGAGCUAAAAAUAAGUGCUGCCAAGUUUAAAGAUACAAGCUCUCAGCAGCUAGACUUUUUUCUUGUGCUUGAUUUGGAGGGCAAAGUAGAGAUUCUGGAGUUCCCUGUUCUGUUGCUUGAUGCAAAGACAAUGGAUGUUGUGGAUGUGUUCCACAGAUUUGUGAGACCCUCCGCCAUGAGCGAGCAAAGAAUAAAUGAAUACAUAGAAGGAAAAUAUGGAAAAAUAGGAGUUGAUCGUUUCAUGCACGUGAUUUUGUUUAUGCACGAGAAUCCCUUUAUUUAUGUUUGGCAUGAUACAGCUAUUCCCUUUGAGGAAGUUAUUCACGGGUUUGAAGCUUGGAUGGCUCGGCAUCACCUGUGGGGAAACAAGCAGGGUGGGUGUCUUAGAAGAGCUGCAUUUGUAACUUGUGGGAAUUGGGAUUUGAAGACAAAAGUCCCUCAACAAUGCAAAGUAUCAAGGAUGAGUCUCCCCCCAUAUUUCAUGGAAUGGAUCAAUUUGAAGGACAUCUAUCUAAACUUCUACAAAAGGAGGGCCACAGGAAUGAUUACGAUGAUGAAGGAACUUCAGAUACCUCUGGUUGGAAGUCACCAUCUGGGAAUUGACGACACGAAGAACAUAACUAGAGUGCUGCAGCACAUGCUUAUUGAUGGUGCACUUCUGCAGGUCACUGCGAGGAGAAAUCCCGAUUCUCCUGAAAAUGUGGAGUUUCUUUUCAAGAACCGUAUUAGGUAACAGUUGCUUACGGCCAGCCCUGUUAUCAACCAUGGCGUCUGCAAAAGUAUGUUACUUUCUCUUUCUUAUGCGAUGAUAGAGAGGCGAUUAGUUUUACAGUAUGAAUUCUUGUGUUUGUGAAAAAUGUCGUGGGAGAACAAAUCAAAUUUCCCUUGUAUUAAUUGUGAGUUAGACUAUGUUCAAAACCAUUCAAGUUUAGAAAAUUGAUGACAUUUUUUUUUU